AUGGAAAUUAUUACAGCUCUAUUUGGCUUUCUUGCCCUGACCACAAUCCACUUUCCAACGUCAACUUCCGUUUCCAAUAUUCAGCAACAACCGACAAAUACAAAUGGGUAUACAAAUACAACAACAAAUGAUACCGCUACAACUACUUUAUCCAUUGACACAACAAUUUCAUCCAGUGAAAAAGCAACAACAAAGUUUCUCGGUGAUACAGCUACAGCAACUUUUUCAUUCAAUGAAACAGCAACAACAACUUUAUCCAAUGACACAAACACAACACCAAAAUCAACUGACACAACUUCUACAUCUACACCCAGUGACAUAACUACAACAUCCAUCUUCAGUGACACAACUACAUCACCUAGAACCAGUGACACAACUACAUCACCUAGAACCAGUGACACAACUACACCCAGUGACACAACUACAAUAGCUACACCAAGUGACAUAACUACAUCACCUACACCCAGUGACACAACUACAACAACUACACCCAGUGACACAACUACAAUAUCUACACCCAGUGACACAACUAAAAUAUCUACACCAAGUGACACAACUACAAUAUUUAAACCCAGUGACACAAGUACAAUAUCUACACCCAGUGACACAACUACACCCAGUGACACAAUUACAUCACCUACACCCAGUGACCAAACUACAUCACCUUCACCCAGUGACACAACUACACCAACUACACCCAGUGACACAAAUACAAUAUCUACACCCAGUGACACAAACACAAUAUCUACACCCAGUGACACAAAUACAAUAUCUACACCUAGUGACACAACUACAAUAUCUACACCCAGUGACACAACUACAACAACUACACCCAGUGACACAACUACAAUAUCUACACCCAGUGACACAACUACAACAACUACACCCAGUGACACAACUACAACAACUACACCCAGUGACAUAACUACAUCACCUACACCCAGUGACACAACUACAUCAUCUACACCCAGUGACACAACUACAUCAUCUACACCCAGUGACACAACUAUAACAACUACACCCAGUGACACAACCACAAUAUGUACACCCAGUGACACAACUCCAAUAUCUACACCCAGUGACACAACUAUAACAACUACACCCAGUGACACAACUACAAUAGCUACACCCAGUGACAUAACUACAUCACCUACACCCAGUGACACAACUGCAAUAUUUACAUCCAGUGACACAACAACAAUAUUUACACCCAGUGACACAACUACAACAGCUACACCAAGUGACACAACUACAUCACCUACACCCAGUGACACAAUUACAAUACCUACACCCAGUGACACAAAUACAAUACCUACAACCAGUGACACAAAUACAAUAUCUACACCCAGUGACAUAACUACAUCACCAACACCCAGUGACACAACUCCAAUAUCUACACCCAGUGACACAACUAUAACAACUACACCCAGUGACACAACUACAAUAGCUACGCCAAGUGACAUAACUACAUCACCAUCACCCAGUGAUACAACUGCAAUAUUUACACCCAGUGACACAACAACAAUAUUUACACCCAGUGACACAACUACAAUAUCUACACCAAGUGACACAACUACAUCAACUACACCCAGUGACAUAACUACAUCAACAACACCCAGUGACACAACUACAUCACCUACAGCCAGUGACACAACUACAUCACCUAUAGCCAGUGACACAACUACAAUAUUUACACCCAGUGACACAACUACAAUAGCUACACCAAGUGACACAACUACAUCACCUACACCCAGUGACACAACUACAACAACUACACCCAGUGACACAACUACAAUAUCUACACCCAGUGACACAACUACAACAACUACACCCAGUGACACAACUACACCAACUACACCCAGUGACACAACUACAUCACCAACACCCAGUGACACAACUACAAUAUCUACAUCCAGUGACACAACUAAAAUAUCUACACCAAGUGACACAACUACAAUAUUUACACCCAGUGACACAAGUACAAUAUCUACACCCAGUGACACAACUACACCCAGUGACACAAUUACAUCACCUUCACCCAGUGACCAAACUACAUCACCUUCACCCAGUGACACAACUACAACAACUACACCCAGUGACACAACUACAAUAUCUACACCCAGUGACACAACUACACCAACUACACCCAGUGACACAAAUACAAUAUCUACACCCAGUGACACAAAUACAAUAUCUAGACCCAGUGACACAACUACAAUACCUACACCCAGUGACACAAAUACAAUAUCUACACCCAGUGAAACAACUACAAUAUCUACACCCAGUGACACAACUACAUCAUCUUCACCCAGUGACACAACUACAUCACCUACACCCAGUGACACAACUAGAACAACUACACCCAGUGACACAACUAGAACACCUACACCCAAUGACACAACUACAUCACCUACACCCAGUGACACAACUUCAUCACCUUCAACCAGUGACACAUCUACAACAACUACACCCAGUGACACAAAUACAAUAUCUACACCCAGUGACACAACUACAACACCUACACCAAGUGACACAUCUACACCAACUACACCCACAACUACACCCAGUGACACAACUACAUCACCUACACCCAGUGACACAACUACAUCACCUACAUCCAGUGACACAACUACAACACCUACAACCAGUGACACAAAUACAAUAUCUACACCCAGUGACACAACUACAACACCUACACCCAUUGACACAUCUACAAUAUCUACACCCAGUGACACAAAUACAUCACCUACACCCAGUGACACAACUACAUCACCUACACCCAGUGACACAGCUACAUCACCUUCAACCAGUGACACAUCUACAUCACCUACACCCAGUGACACAACUACAAUAUUUACACCCAGUGACACAACUACAAUAUCUACACCCAGUGACACAACUAGAACACCUACACCCAGUGACACAACUACAACACCUACACCCAGUGACACAACUUCAACACCUACACCCGGUGACACAAAUACAACACUUACACCCAGUUACACAAAUACAAUAUCUAGACCCAGUGACACAACUACAAUAUCUACACCCAGUGACAAAACUACAACAACCUUAUCCAGUGACACAAAUACACAUUCGCACAGUGAAACAACAGCUUUUUCGACUGACACAACUAAAACAACUUCAUCCGAGGUCACAAGGCAACCCCUAACCGAAAGUCACGGAGGUAACGAAUACCCUUCCGAACCGCUUAUAGUUUCCGGUGCUGUUUUUCGGAUCUUUUUUCUGCUGAACUUCACUGGUUUGAAUUAUAGCGACGUAUUUGAAACCAACCUGAAAAAAGAGCUCGAGGAUCACAUAUUCACCGGAUAUGACGUAACAAUAAGCAUCGAAAAGUCGAAAGGCGGGCAAAGACGAGAUAUGAGAGGAGCAGUAAAAUAUAGGAACACACCAGAGUUCAGUGUAGAUACGGAAAUAAAUGUGACUCUCGAAGAACUGAGGAGAAAAGAAGAUAGCUUACAAGAUUUUCAAGAAAUCGUUGUCAAAAAUAUUCAAGAGAUCAACCAAACGACCGUAAGAUAUUUAAUCAACCAAACAGACGUUAUAACGAAGAGUUUGGAGGAUCAAACAAACAAUAAGACUGAGUGUGAUGCAGUGACCAAUGUCAGACGGUGUUACCCGGGAUAUGACUGCUAUGCCCAGAACUACAGUGGUGAAUGCAAGCACAAGUGUUCUGAAGAAAGAACGAGGUUACCGUGUAAGAAUGAAGGCCGCUGUUACUUUGACAUCAUUGCCAAUCAGACUGCAUGCAGAUGUCGAAGUAGUAUAAUGACUGUGUAUUAUGGUCAUUGGUGUGAGGAAAAGACAGGACGCGUCGAGUUUGUUGUUGGUUUGUCUGUUGGUACCGUUUCAGGGCUAGUCGCCAUCUUUCUUCUUAUCGUCUGCUGCAAGCGUCUAUCGACUGAUCACAGGUAUCUCAGUAAAUCUCAUGAAGUUGAAGCUGACGAUUUUAUCAGUAAUGAGUUGAAUAGUGAUCUGGAUUAUAAUUACUUCUCACAUUAUAAUCCAUGCUGGUAUUCAGACGCUGCAGGUUUUUCUAAUCAGAUUUACGAAAGAAGGCACCAGGCUCAGAUUUUGGAAUCCAGGAUGUAUUUACCCAGGAGAUCAGCGUCUAGUCUGCCUAAACCCAGGGAUAAAGAAUUAUCAUCAUUCUCCAUUAAGCGGCCGAAGAUUUUCAGUGACCCUGUGACAGACGUAUUCAGUCCAUACAACAGCUCCAUUGAUCACCGUCACAGCGGCAUUACGGUAUGACCUACCAGUAUAUCCUUGGCAAAUGGGAAGAGG